GGAGCUCCCGCGCCCUGCGCCCCCGCACUAGGCCCGAGCUCCGUGGAUGGACGGCCAGGAAUCUUGGAAGAAACCGAAAGAAAACUCGGGCGGCGGGCGAGGAGGGGCGGGAGGACGGCGGCCCGAGGAGCCGAUUCGGUUCGGUUCAGGAGGCCACCCGCCUCGCCCGCCCCGAGCGCCCGCGGACCUGUCAGGCGGCCGCACCGCCGGACCGGCCCGCGUCCUCCAAGGCACUUUCACUUCCCCGCUCCGGGCGCCGCGGGACCCAGCCGCGCUCUAUGAGCCUCCCGGGCGGCCCAGUGGAGGGAGUCGCCGCCAGCCCCGGCCGCGCGCACCUGCGGGGCCACCACCCGCGGACGCACCGAGCCCGGGGGCGUGGCCGCCCGCUCAGCCGGCGAGGGCUCGGGCAGCCCUGACGUCACGACCGCACCCGCGCACCCUCCACCCCGAGGUAUUUACCUUCGAAAAGUGGUGGCGGCUGCAGUCUGGGCCGGGGCCAUGUGCGCCUGAAGACAUGGAGUUUGUGUCUGGGUACCGGGAUGAGUUCCUUGAUUUCGCUGCCCUUCUCUUCGGCUGGUUCCGAAAGUUUGUGGCAGAGCGUGGAGCUGUAGGGACUAGCCUUGAGGGCCGCUGGUGGCAGCUGGAGGCCCAGAUCAGAAGGCUGCCCCAGGACCCUGCCCUUUGGGUGCUCCAUGUCCUGCCCAACCGUAGUGUGGGCAUCAGCCUGGGGCAAGGGGCAGAGCCAGGUCCUGGACGAGGCCUGGGGUCUGCCCGGCUCCUGGGAGACGACCCUCCACUCCACCUGCGAGACCUGAGCCCCUACGUCAGCUUUGUCAGCCUAGAGGAUGGGGAGGAGGAAGAUGAAGAAGAAGAGAAGAGAGAGGACGGGGGUGCAGGCACAGAGAAGGUGGAACCAGAGGAGGACCGGGAGCUAGCUCCUACCAGCAGGGAGUCCCCGCAGGAAGCAAACCCGCCAGGAGAGUCAGAGGAGGCUGACCGGGAGGCAGGAGGUGGCAAGGAUGGCUGCCAAGAGGACAGGGUGGAGAACGAAACAAGACCCCGGAAGACAAAGAAGGGACAGAGGAGUGAGGCUGCCCCCCUGCACCUUUCCUGUCUCUUACUUGUGACGGAUGAGCAUGGCACCAUCUUGGGCAUUGAUCUGCUAGUGGAUGGAGCCCAGGGAACUGCCAACUGGGGCUCAGGGACUGAGAACCUGGCUCCUCGGGCCUAUGCUCUCCUCUGUCACAGCAUGGCCUGUCCUAUGGGCUCUGGGGACCCCCGAAAGCCCCAACAGCUUACUGUGGGAGAUGCCCGGCUGCAUCGAGAGCUGGAGAGCUUGGUCCCAAGGCUAGGGGUGAAGUUAGCCAAGACCCCAAUGCGGACAUGGGGUCCCCGGCCAGGCUUCACCUUUGCUUCCCUUCGCGCUCGAACCUGCCACGUUUGUCACAGGCACAGCUUUGAAGUGAAACUGACACCCUGCCCCCAGUGUAGUGCUGUCUUGUAUUGUGGAGAGGCUUGUCUCCGGGCUGACUGGCGGCGGUGCCCAGAUGAUGUGAGCCACCGAUUUUGGUGCCCAAGGCUUGCAGCCUUCAUGGAUCGGGCAGGAGAACUGGCCGCCCUGCCUUUUACCUACACCGCAGAGGUGACUAGUGAAACCUUCAACAAGGAGGCCUUCCUGGCCUCUCGGGGCCUCACUCGUGGCUACUGGACCCAGCUCAGCAUGCUGAUUCCAGGCCCUGGCUCCUCCAGGCAUCCCCGGGGCAGCAUGCCAUCCCUCAGCCUUCUUCGCGGUGGAGACCCCUACCAGCUUCUCCAGGGGGACGGGCCUGCCCUGAUGCCUCCUGUGCCCCCAGAUCCACCCCGGGCUCUUUUUGGCUCAUGGCAGGAUUACUACACAUGGCGGGGCCUCAGCUUGGACUCCCCCACAGCUGUGCUUCUCACCUACCCACUCACCGUGUACUACAUCAUCACCCACCUGGUGCCCCAGUCCUUCCCUGAGCUCAACAUCCAAAACAAACAAUCACUGAAGAUCCACGUGGUGGAGGCCGGGAAGGAGUUUGACCUUGUCAUGGUGUUUUGGGAGCUCUUGGUCCUGCUCCCCCAUGUGGCCCUGGAGCUGCAGUUUGUAGGUGAUGGCCUGCCCCCCGAAAGCGACCAGCAGCAUUUUACCCUGCAGAGGGACGGCCCCGAGGUGUCUGUCCGUGCUGGUUCUGGCAUAUCAGCACGGCCCAGCUCUGGCACUAAGGAGAAGGGAGCCCACAGGGACCUGCAGAUCAAGGUGUCAGCAAGGCCCUACCACCUGCUCCAGGGGCCCAAGCCCGACCUGGUUAUUGCUUCUCCCUCCUCUCUGUCUGCAGGAUUUAACUCCGGGUUUGGUCUCAAGGAUACGUGGCUGAGCUCUCUGCCGCGGUUACAGUCCCUCCGAGUGCCAGCCUUCUUCACCGAGAGCAGCGAGUACGGCUGUGUGAUGGACGACCAGACCAUGGCGGUGGCCACUGGAGGGGGCACCAGCCCUCCCCAGCCCAACCCCUUCCGCUCCCCCUUUCGCCUCAGAGCGGCCGACAACUGCAUGCCCUGGUACUGCAAUGCCUUCAUCUUCCACCUGGUUUACAAGCCUGCGCAAGGGAGCGGGGUCCGCCCGGCGCCCGGCCCCCCACCCCCGUCCCCAACUCCCUCCGCUCCUCCUGCCCUUACCCGAAGGCGCCGAGGAGAAAAGAAACCUGGGCGGGGGGCCCGCCGGCGGAGAUGAACGCUGAUACCAUAGUAGACCCCCUCCCAAACACUGAAAGGAAAACGUGAAAGCACUCAAGGUCGAGGGGGAGGACAGGUUGGUAAAACACGAAAAGGUAAAUAAAAUUACUUGUUUGAAACCA